GGAGUUGAUGAGAAGGAGAUUUUGGCCCUGCUCCAAUGGAUGGGCUCCGAUCUUCAGAUGCUCAGGUUCCUGCGUCUCCCCUCCGAUGCGAGUGCUACUUUACGCAGAACAAAUGAGACGAUGGAUUCGCCCUAAUCUGAGGGACUUGGCACCACCUUGGACAAUGGACAGACAGCCUGCCUGCGGUAGGGCUUGUGAUUAAGUUGAAUCUUUUCAUGGACGAUUGUCUGUCCUCCAAGCAGCCCUCUCAGCAAGGCCUUCUGCCAGCGUGAGGAUUCCCUUCAGUCAACACAGUGUUCGCCAGACCGAAUCUCGCCGAGUCAUGGCCCCCAAGUCCCCAUUUGAAACUGCUUGGCACGGCAACAUACAAAAUGGUAUCCAAGACACGCAACUUUCCCUCUGAGAUUUGGACCGUGUCGGCCCCAAAAAGCUGUCGAAUUGACAGAGUCACACAUGACCUGUCUCUCGGGGAUGUCUGAACGGCGGCCUGCAUCGGCGACCUGGUAUUGUUGUUCAAGUGAAAGAGAGCCUCAUCAUGGUCAUGUCAUCUGUCCCACACGAACGGCCUGGUGUGACGCUCUGGCCUGGACCUGCAUCCCCGAACACGAGGAGGAUGAUUGAUUCUGAUACCACAAGGCAGACAGGUGGAGCCCGACAUCAAGUCUCUCGGAACAUGUGGCACUCUGCUUCUGGUGUUCAUGCUCUGAAGUCCAGAACCUUGGCUCCUGGGGGGCUUAUUGGAAGCCGUGUAACAUGUGCUCCCCUUCUUUGGGAGUGCCAUGACGAGACAAGGGACAGCAAGAGGGAAAACGCUCCUCGUAUAUCAGUGUGCGAUGGGACAGCGGCGUGUCUCAGGUUAGGGUUGCGUGCAGGAGAUGCUGCCCAGGCACUGGAUGAUUUUGAGUUUGCCCAUCAUUAUGCACGGUAGAUUGGGCAAACGGGAGAAGAACCACCUCCCAAGAAACACUAGAGCUGGAGGGGAACACUUGUCAAGUAAGCGGGGAGAUGAAGAUGAUUUGAAGAUCAACAGGACAACCAGUGAGCAGCCCGGACGCAAUUCUUUCGUGCAGAGGCAUUCGACAAGAUAGUGAUGGCUUCGACGGCGUGUCUUCCGGCGGGGCCGCGGAC